UUAGGCGGAAGUACUUCGGAAACCUUUCAUCAUGUUCCGGAUUGAUUUCUGGUUCACGGAGGAUCCAAGAUGGCGACUCACAUGUCGAGGUGCCGAACCUGGAGUCGUGUUCAAAGGUAGUGCUCUUUUUGACAUAAUUCCCUAUUACUGUGCUAAGACUUGACAUAAAUAACUAAAAUGGUAAAGCCAGUCUGUUGAGUUUCCUCCAUGACACCUGCAGUGUCGUCAUGGUCUCCUCUGUGUAGGUUAGCUUCUCCUAUUAGCAUCCUGCUAACCGAGAGCAGUUUAAACAAGUGUAGUCCUGCUGUCAGGAAGAAGGCUGGGUCAAUUUUACACCAGAAACAAACGGCAGCAGGACUUUAUGGCGUUUAUCGUUACAGCCUCUCUGUUUACAUGCUCACUCUGUCCCUCUGCUCUACUAACGCACACUUUAUUUUUCUCUGUUCGUGAUUAUUAUAAAAUAAUGUUAAAAAUCACCCCAGGACCCUUCAUCAACACCACAAACUGAAGACAAACCAACCCGUUAUAGAUAUAUUAUCAAUGGUAGAGACUGUCAUAGUGGGUUGCAAUGGUGGUCGUAAUGUUGUGGCUGGUCAGUGUGUAAUUCUCAUAUUGUGGUUUUAUCUUUUAAGUCAUUUAAGCAAAGCAAUAUUCAGAACUAUUCAGAAUGUAGUAUUAAUACCAUCAGAGAUCUCCGACAGUGACAUCUGUUUCAAAUUAUGUUUACAAAUGCACAUGUACUGCAGUAAACUACAGCGUUUUGUGGAUGAAACUUUGGUCAAGUUUAAUGUAUAGUUCUUGAGGGACAUGUCAAGCAUUUUCACCACCAUGACACACACCUCCUAAUCAGAGAUGCAUUAUAUGUCGGUAUCGUAUUGGUAUCAACAGAUAAUUGCUCAAAAAGUUAAUUAUCUGUAUUGACAGAUAUGAAAAAUUUUAAAAAUUUUGAAAAAUCCAGCAGAUACCUAUAAAUAAAAUUCUAAAAUAAAUCAGAUGCAAUGCAUUACCGUAUUUUUCGCACUAUAAGGUGCACCAUCAAUGAACAUGUCUAUUCGCGUCUGUUUUCAUACAUAAGGCGCACCGGAUUAUGAAGCGCAUUAAGCCAGACAAGUCAAACUUUAUUUAAAUCAUUCAAUAACUCUGCGAGGCUAUGGUAGCUGCAGUGCUCUGACAAGUCAAAAGGAUUUUAAGUGCGCCUUAUAGUGCGAAAUAUACGGUACAUGUUGGCAAGAACAUUGUGUACCUGCUGGUAACACUCAAAAGAUUGGGGUCGAGUUAGAUGUAAAUAUUUUCCAAUGUACAUCUAACAUUGGAAGAAGAAAAAAAAGUUUUCUCCCUGCACAGGAAUGAAUCUGGAACAUUCUGAGUUUCUGAGAAAUUGUAUGUCAACAGACCUGCGCUUGAUUCUGUAUGCAAACAAUACUGUGUGGACAGAUACAUUUCUCAGAAAGCUCAAUAAAGGACAAGAGAAAUGAGGCACCAAGCAUGUUUUAUGGUGACCAAACCAGCUAAAUGUUGACAACCAGAGACUAGUGAAUGGUUAACAUUUGAUGAUGUUACAGUGGGCCUCAUUUUGCUCAUUUGUUUGUUGUUCCUCCAGGUUUGGGAUCGCAGCUUACAGAAAAUACAGCAGUGGCAGCGGAUACCCAAAUAUCUCCCUCUCCUCACCCCUGCCUGGGAUCCCAAAGCCAGUGUUUGCAUCUGUCGAUGGCCAGGAAAAAUAUGAGACAAGGAUCACUACAUUAGAAAAUGGCCUCAAAGUCGCUUCCCAAAACAAAUUUGGUCAAUUCUGCACGGUUGGAAGUAAGUUGUGGCACCAACAUGUAAACUACAGUAACCAUGUGUCCUCAGGAUCAAAUGAAAUAGUUGAAACAACUUUGUUUUCUUCCUUGUUUUCAGUUUUAGUAAACUCAGGAUCUAGACAUGAAGCAAAGUAUCCCAGUGGAAUAGCACACUUUGUAGAGAAACUUGCUUUUUCUGUGAGUAAAACAUUAUAUUUAAAGCUAUAAAGGGAUGUGGUGUGUAAAGUGAAAGUGACAACAGUGAUUUUUUUUGGUCUUCAGUCCACAGCUCAGUACGGGAGCAGGGAUGAAAUACUCCUCACGCUGGAAAAACACGGAGGGAUUUGUGACUGCCAAACAUCUAGGUACGUCAUCGUUCAGCUCAGCGCCUCAGUGUCAGAGAAAUGUUCUCUUCCCCACCUCCUAUGAUUGAAUGAGUCCUCUCCUCUGGACAGUUGAUCAGCUGUUGUAUAUCUUGCUUAUGUUGCUGUGCAGAGACACCACCAUGUAUGCAGUGUCUGCUGAAGUCAAGGGUCUGGACACGGUGGUCAGUCUUCUCUCUGAUGCAGUCCUCCAGCCUCGCCUGCUGGGUGAGUCCACUGUUGUUUGACCUGAUAGAUUCAAAGGAUCUUUCUGUCUCUGCUGCCUGUGUUUAAAAUCCUGAACAAAGAUUUUUGUUUUUUUAACAUCCAGAUGAAGAGAUUGAGAUGACUCGAAUGGCGGUGCGCUUUGAACUUGAAGAUCUAAACAUGAGGCCUGACCCCGAACCCUUACUCACCGAGAUGAUCCACGCUGUGAGUCACAUCAUUUUUCUUUCUCUGAAUCCUCCAUAAUCUUAAACGCAGCAGGGCUGUUAUUAACAAACAGGACAGCUAAAGGGUAUUAACUAAUUGAUAAUUACCUUCUGUGCUUAAUUGUUUGAUCAGCAAGUGUUUAUAUUGUUAAAUGAGGAUAAUUAAGGAUUAGGUGUGCCCUGAGCGACAGUAGAAACAGCCCUGCCUCAACAAUUUCACAUAUUUACAAGAGCUUAAAAACUCUUUGACUAUAAAGAUAGACGUCAGUCAAAAUAACGGAAACCCAGCGGUGAGGAGGAUCAGUGUAUCACAUAACUUUUAAUCCGUCUAACAUGAACUUUACCCUGUUUCAAGGCAGCGUAUCAGAACAACACUGUCGGACUUCCUCGUUUCUGUCCGGUCCACAACGUGGAGAAGAUCGACAAGAAGGUGCUCCACAGUUAUCUGCGCAACUACUACAGUCCUGAGCGGAUGGUCCUGGCUGGAGUGGGUAUUGAACACGAGCAGCUGCUUGAAUGCGCCCGGAAAUACCUGCUGGGUGUGAAGCCAGUGUGGGGAGCGAGCUCGGAGGCAAACGUGGACCUCUCUGUCGCUCAGUACACCGGCGGCAUCGUCAAGGUGAUUCUUUGGUUUUAUUGUUAUAACUGGAAAGGCAUAGCGCAACAGCAACAGUUCCAUCUUUCUGAAGCAGUGUUGGAGCUAAAACAAAGGUGUUUCAUCCACAUUUUAGUUCCCUGAUAAUUCUGUUUUUACCUGUUAGAUGGAGAAGGACAUGUCUGAUGUCAGCCUUGGCCCUACUCCAAUCCCUGAACUCACCCAUAUCAUGAUUGGCCUGGAGAGCUGCUCUUUCCUGGUGUGUCUGCGGUGCCUGCUUAUCUCCACUGACUCUGUCAUGUGAUCAGAUGCAUGUAACAACACGCACACGGAUUAAAACAGGUUCUACCUUCACAGGAGGACGACUUCAUCCCAUUUGCAGUGCUUAAUAUGAUGAUGGGGGGAGGUGGAUCCUUCUCUGCAGGGGGACCUGGGAAAGGAAUGUUCACCCGCCUGUACCUGAACGUGCUCAACAGGUGAAAGUUCACUCAGCCUUUUAGAUGAUUACAUCUGAUAAUAAAUCAGUGAAAAAAUAGUUACAUGAACUUUUUUUGUCUUCUUUAGGCAUCAUUGGAUGUAUAAUGCUACCUCGUACCAUCACAGUUAUGAGGACAGUGGUCUGCUGUGUAUCCAUGCCAGUGCAGACCCCAGACAGGUUUGUACAGACCCCGGACAGCAGGGUUUCAAACCUUAUUCAGCUUUUUAACGCCAAUGCUGUCUCAUCCCUUUUAUGUAUGAGGAGUUCUUAUCAUUCAUAUUGUGUGACUCCAGGUGCGAGAAAUGGUGGAAAUAAUCACCAGAGAGUUCAUUCAGAUGGCUGGUAGUGCAGGAGAGGUAACUAUUGUAGUAAUAUCAGUUUAAAGAAAUGAAGGUCAUUUACCCCUGUGAGAGGGAUGUACUGAUCCUUGUCCCUUUUGUUCGUCCAGAUGGAGCUGGAGAGAGCAAAGACUCAGCUCAAGUCCAUGUUGAUGAUGAACCUUGAGUCACGGCCGGUCAUUUUUGAAGACGUCGGUCGUCAGGUUCUCUCCACAGGAAAGAGAAAGUUGCCACAUGAAUUGUGUGAUUUAAUAAGUGAGUAUGGAACAAACUAAAAAUUUGUGUAUCCCAUCUGAAAAUAUUGGAAAUGACCAUAUGUUUGAAAGCAGGCUAAAGAAACAGCUUUUUAUUUUUCCUAUGGAGAAGACUCACAGAGGGUGGUAGAUUUCACUGCUCGUAGACAACAUGAUGAGGUUUUUGUCUGAAAAGACAGGAGAAGAGAUGAGGGGUAUCACUUUGUCCACAGGGGGGCGCCAAAACUAAAACAAGCCAAAUUUCCUCACUGCAGCUUCAAAUAUAACAGAGUCCCAGUUUAUCAUGGUGCGCUUUAUAUGACUCAAACUAACAGGUUUUGAAAUCUUUUAUUUGCAUUGAUGUAGUUUUUCUAUUUGUUGGUAAUUUUAGGUAACGUGACUGCCAGCGACAUAAAGAGGGUGACCACCAAGAUGCUGCGCAGUAAGCCUGCAGUAGCAGCCCUGGGUGACCUGACAGAGCUGCCGUCAUACGAACACAUCCAGGCCGCCUUAUCCAGCAAGGACGGGCGUCUGCCCCGCAUGUAUCGCCUCUUCAGAUAGACAUCCCCGGACCUGAAAGUCGAGCCAGACUUCACUGGCAUACAUCAGUGUAAAUAAGCUGGACUGAAAGAUUCACUCGUGUUCCCUCCCACCAACACAGAACUCGACACAGCUCACUCCGGGAGGGGACUAGAACCCGGGCUCUCCACUGAUCCUCUGAGUAUGAGGAUUUUAAAGCAAAAUUCAUUUUACUCCACUGUCCUCUAUGCUCAGUCAGAGUUUCUGUAUUUAUUCUAAAUGAGCCAUAUUUCACUAUCAGCUGGGUGGUUCGCAGGGGUUUGCUUGACAUGGACACUUCCCCCAAAAGUCAGAGUGAGAUUUCUGUUUGAAUCUCCCCACUGUUCGGUGAUGAACAAGUUUAUAGAUAUAUAACAUUUUAUCAUGAAUUCACCUUCAAUAUAUUGGCGAGAGAAAGGCAUGGCAUUGAUACCCAGAACUGUCUACGCUGUUCUUACCGCUCCUGACUCUUUUUCUAUGAUGGAUGGGAAAUAAAGCAGAUGAGAAUCUCGUAUUUAUACGAAUGCACUUCAUGAUCUCAGUCCUGUGAUAGAUUAAAGGGAAAAAGGCGAGGGGAAGGGUUUUUGUCUUUAUUUCAAAGAUACUAUCCACAUUUAGAGAAUGUAUAGUCAAGUUCAAACUUAGGUGUCGCUGCAAAUAUAUAAUAUAACAGUUAAAAAUAUUGAGACUUUUAACGCUGAGAAUCAAAUGUUGACCAAAUGUUUAAAACAUAAUCUUCAGAUUGACCUUUAAUUUCAGCCUGGCACAAACUCCAAAAUUUAACUUAAACUUUCAGUUUUGUUCCCAAACUUUUAUUUUUUGAAACACACAAAAAUGACACAGAGAAAUUCUCCUCCUCUCUUUUUUCUUACGCCCAUCUCUAUUCUUUGUUUAAUUUGGACUGUAGAGGACACUUAAAAUUAGAGGAACAAUUUGACUUCAGGGAGAAAAAUCUGUUUGUAUUCUGGUGGAGAGUUAACUCUGAGAUGACUUUAACAUUCGAGUUUUACCAUCAAAUAUGACAGAAAUUUACAGGCAGUUUUUCUGCUGAGGCAAAUUUACUGAGAUGACUGAACAGCAAAACAACUCACUCAAAUCUGUGUCAACUUAAAGCUCCAGUGAGGAGUUUUUGGACAUUAAUGUCACACUGAAAUUCACGUUUUUCCUUUCUUGAGAUAAACUAAAGCAAACAAGACUAUUAGCAACAACAUUUAAGAUUUUUAUUACGUUGUUUUUGACAACCAAUACUGCUGCAAGGGGGUAGGUGUCACCCAAGCAGCUGAAGACACAGCCCUGCUUCUGAAGUGUCCAUAUAUAAAUAGUUUAUUUGGCUGUCAAAAGUCAAAUCUUUCAAACUAAUGCAGUCAGUGGGGCUGCUCUGUGGAUUGCCUCGACAUGUUGCACUUUUCCUUUAAAAGAUUCAUUCAUGCUAAUAAUUAGGAUGUUAAAAAAAAAAAAAGACACUGGUGUAUUUCUACUGGCUCAUAACAUCUGUAACCCAACAGCUACAUGUAAUUACCUCCGUGAAUAAAAAAACUAUAUUUUAAGGCUCUCUCUGUUUGAGUGUGCUGAACAAAAUGUGA